AUGAAAUCUGUAUCACCUACCACCUCCCAAUCCGUUAGCCCCGGGCGGGCAAAGCACCUCGAACGAAACCGCGUCGCCGCCAACAAAUGCCGCGAGAGGAAAAAGAGAGAACACAAGCAAAUCGAGCGUCGUCUCAGCGACGAAACCGAAAAAAAGGAUCUCCUCCUAGCACAGUUGAACUGUCUACGAGAAGAAGUCUGGGAUUUAAAAAACCUCAUCUUCCAACACGCCGAGUGCCAAGACCACCAAAUCAACCACCAACUCGCCAGAAUGACCGAGACCGUCCUACAUGCCCAACCCAACCAGGACAACAAUCCCAACAUGCAAACCAGCUCAUCCCCCACAUUUUCGACAGGGACGUGGUCGGAUGAGUCGGUCGCAGAUGAUGCUAACCACAUUGGACCGAGCGCAUACGAUCACAACACAUACGAUCGCAACGAUUGGACGGUGUUACCUACGAUCGCGAACGAUUUUACCCCUUACGAACCGAGCGGUUUUACCGAUUCGAUGUUUGAAAACUUUAUCGAUGCGGACAAUGUGUUUACCUAG